UAAUUCCUAACACAUAACAAUGACAGUACAUCCGGUAUCAAACUACCAUAUGAACACUCGACUUCGCAAGGCGAUGCGCCAAUUUAAAACUCUCCCAACAUUCCUGUAAAUUGGGUUUCAGUGUCGAAAUACACUGGUUUAGAGGGGCUUAAAGGGUAUUUCUCUAAGUGAGGAGAUCUAGACGAGUUUCGUUGACAUGAGAGUUUGAUUCCAUAAGACAGGUGUACGAGGCAGCUCAAUGGCGGAGAAAGUCGAGAGCGUGGAGCAGACAGCCGAAGAUGGCAAGCGACAGACGUUCCAAAACCUGAACCGACGCCGUAGCACGAAGGAAUGGAUGCAAGGGGGAUGUGGAAUUUUAAGGACAUCACUUGGGAAAAUGCUGACAGGGAUCACGUGGCAGUUUACAAUCAUCUUACUGGUCCUCGUCGAAGUCGCCAUCAACCUCGUUUUGAUGUGUAUCUCUCUGAAUGCCAUAAAUGAUAGCGAACAGCAUUUUGCAUCAAGGUUGCUCCACUUUGUCGGUAUAUCGAUUCUAGCGAUCUUUGCUUUAGAGGUGUUCUUGAAACUGUUCGCUCUUGGCAUCGAGUAUUUCAAGAUCGAGAAGCUUGAGAUUUUUGAUGCGGUCAUAGUUAUCACUGCACUGAUCGUCGAAAUCCUCCUAAGCGCAACACACACAAGCAAGGCUUGGAAAUCGUUAGGGUUUGUUAUCGGGUUGCGUCUCUGGCGAGUCUGCCGUGUUAUAACAAAUAUAAUCGAGUUUCGUGAAGAGUUGUACGAGUUGAUUGACGAGAGUGAUGGACGAAGUAAGCGGCCAACAAGUAGCGCCACAGAGACAUUGCACACCGAGAGGGAAUCACUUCACGAAACCAAGUAGAAUAAAACACACUACAAAACCACAGAGAGGGUACUUCACGAAACCAAGUAGAGUAUAACACACUACAAAACCAAAGAGAGGGUACUUUACGAGGCCAAGUAGAAUAUAACACACUACAAAACCACAGAGAGGGUACUUUACGAGACCAAGUAGAAUAUAUCACACUACAAAACCACAAAAAGAGUACUUCACGAGACCAAGUAGAAUAUAACCGCAUCACCGCCAUUCCUAGCCCCCCCCCCCCCUCCCCCCUCCCCCCUCCCCCCGCCUUCCAAAUCGCUAAAAGGCGGCUUCAAGGCAAUCAUAGCAUUUUUUCAGGACAUGGGUAAAACCACCACUAUAAGCACGACAAAAAAUAAUCUUAAAAGUGUAAGGGCUCAGAUUAAAUCGAAAUCAAAGUUAUAUGAAGAGAGGAAUUUAUCAACAGAUAAAUGAAUAAAAGAGAUGAACGUAUAACAGUAAAAUAAUUCAAAGAUUUUGAAAUAUAUAGACACUAGCUCUGGUGUACAGUGCAGAAUAAAAGAAAUAUGGUCCAA